AGCCUAAAGAAGCUGGGAGCUUAUAUUAAAUGGCCUGGUGCAGCUCCAACUUACCAUUUCUAGUUGUGUUUUUGCUAUAUGCUUCAGUUGCUUUGAAAAGUAAGUCAUACUUAUUUCUCAUAAUAGUUAAUAUAUACUUUCGGUUAGCAGACGAUUUCAUCUAGCCGAAGAGCGGGUUCUGCGUGUCCUUAGGCCCAGUUCAUGCGUCGUGCUUCCACUGUGCCGUUGCCUUCUGCAGAAGCAAGUCAAAGGCACGACUUCAAUUCAGACAUCAUGCCAGAAUCAAGGUUAUUGUGAUCGGUGUAUCAAGUCAGUGCUGAUUAAAACUAACAAACAAACAAACAAAGAAAUGGCGGGACCAUAAAUCCCGCUAACAUUAUACAUUUCCGAAAGUGAUUUAUGAAUUUGUUUGACACGGCAUAAGCACUACUUUUGAAUCACAUGCCGUGCCACGGCAGCGCUAUUCUAACUUUGAAAUUGCUCUACCAAACCGAAUUCAAAACCUUCAUUCAGACGUCGUGCUUAUGUCGCCCCUUCGUCGAACUUAAUUCUAAGAAUUGAAAGUUCUGCACGGCAAAAGCAUAACGAAAUGUCGGGCUGUCGUUUAUUUGGUGUUCAUAGAAACAGUUCCCUCCAGCUAAAAGCUGUUGUCUAAGCGCUCAAAGUAUCCGGACGAAUUAAGUCCCGCUCGUUCUUCCAGUUACCACGGACGAAAAUUUUAAGUCCUUUGACUAAGUUUUAGGUUGUUUAAUUUAAUUGAUAGCCCAGGCGGACACGCGGCGAAUGGAAAGGCUCUUUUUGACCGAUUAACUAAUUUUGUUCCUUGGUUUUUGCCAACUAAAAGUUUGUGAAAAAGGUUGUUUAAUUUAAUUGAUAGCCUAGAUAUUUUUAUUGGUAGGCGUUUAGAUGGUUAAAAGUACUUAAAAAGACAAAACAAAUAUAGACAAACUGUUCAUUAAAAUUGAAUGUUAUAUCUAUUUUAUACAAAUAUUUCAUGUAAAAAACAAAACAAAAAAAAGACAAAGCAAAUUGGCAAUUAGCUUCCGGUUUUAUGCAGACUAAUCUUUUACAGUGUUAAUAUAUGUAAUUGCGCUAGCGCUGCUGUUAGAAAGAACUGCUCAAUAGUGUGAAAUACCCCAAUUUUACUGAUAGUCGUUGCUUGUGCCACGAAUAUACUGAUAGUCGUUGCUUGUGCAACGAAUAUUGGAUUUUCCCUCGGCGGAAUGUCGUUUUGAGUCCUAGGGUAUUUCAUUAGCCGGCAAUUUUUUCAUGAGUCAAAAGGUCAUUUUCGCGGAAAAGAAAGCUCUCAAAGCUGUUAUCAACAGCUUUGAAAAGAAAACAAUGGCAAGGGGAGUCUGUAUCAAGGAACGUUUCGAAAGCAUUUAUCAUUAAGCGUAGCUUUUAAUCACUGACCGUGGUUGUGCACUAGUACGUUACUUCCGGUAACUAAGAUGAUUUUUCAGUGACGGAGCUUAAAAUGCUUAACAGGAGCAAUGCGAGGUUCCAGAUAUCUUGCAAGUUAUGUUAAUUUUGUGGCGAAACACGCAUGACAGCGGUCAAUCAAGCCCUCUCGCAUCGGCAUAAAACAAUCAAGGAGUUCACUUGAAUUCACAUGACUAAUUCACGUGACAAAACUGAGACCAGUAAGGGUUCAUUGCGAUACAGUCGAAAGCUACAACAGUAAAGCAUCUGAGACCUUUUGAGACUCUAAUUUAUUUUUCAAAUAAAUAAUUCCUUGUCUAACUGAGUACGAGGCAGCGUGGCCGAGCAGUUAGAGCGCCGGACUUCGGAGGCCCCGACAAGCCCCGCUCUGAGCGCUAGCUGGAUUUGUUCACGGUAGUCUAGAGUUAAAAUUCCUCGGCCACGUGUAUAAAUAACCAGCUGGUUUGCCUCCGGCCAUUUGGGAUUCUUAACCCUGUUAAGUUCAAUUUGAAUUAUUUGUUUCAGGCAUUUGCUUGGCCCCACUAGCAUUAGUGCUAUAAAUACUGCCGAGGAUAAAUAACGGAAUUAUUACGUCUUGCAUGGAACAGAAGAACAACAUAUUUUUGGUUAAUUCUAAUUAAGGGAAAUUAUUCUUCAGACACAUAUGGCUGUUCUCCUAACCCAUGUGCAAAUAAUGGAACGUGCACAGGUGCACCAAACAACUAUACCUGCGAAUGCACUCCAGGCUUUGAAGAGGGGAAUUGUACCAAAAAUAAGUUCUUUAUAAUGAAAUGUAAAUGUCCAUGUUUUUUGAGUCAACUAAUAGCUUAACCAAGAGGGAAUAAUGGACAGAGAGGAAAUCUUAUGGCGUUGGUCGGGAUAUGUGAAUUUCACUAAAGUUAUUUUUGGAGGAUGUGGUUAAACAGAAGUCUAAUGAAUGAGGCUGAGUAUCUUAAUAUAUAGAUUUAGCCAGGGCUAAAAGCGAGGCUCCCAUUAAUAAAUUUAUAAUUUAAAUCAAACAAUAAACUUGUGUUCCACAAUUCAGUUAAUUUUGGAGCACAUUUGUGUGACUUUUGAGGGAAAGGUUACGUGAUUUUAGAGAAAAAUAAUUUGCGAACAGCCCAAGAGUGAACCAAAUCUUACAUCGAGUUGAUAGCCUCAUAUGUACACCCAAAAACUGGUAAUCAUCUUCGAUCACAUCUAAGAGCCAUAGAUUGAUCACCGGAGAUUAAUUAGGCCUGGAAAAAAAACUGGGCCAAAUUUUUUGCAUUCGACAAGUUUACUUUGCAAAAUCUUGCCAACAAAUCUGGGUGCGUGUAAACCAACCUUUUAUACCAUUUAUACAUCACAUCUGAGGUGAAACAGUAGUAUGAGGCACUGUUUUUAUCUUACAGACCUCGGAUAGAAAGCAGUAUUUCACAAUACAAAUUGCACUCAUUCAAUAUUCAGGACGAUGGAAGUACGCGUGGGCUUUUAGCUAAACCGUUAAAAAAAAUUUCCAAAAUCACCUAUACGGCCAUCCGGUUCUCACUUUUGUAGUGCGAGCUGUGGCGAGUGUUUGCAUGAAAUUAACAGAGUUACGCUCCAACAUAGCGCGGCAUUUUGAGUACUCCUGCGAGCGAUGUUCACUGAACGGCUGAAAACAAUCGGCACAGCGAUUAAAAUUACAAGAGAGACUACUAACAAUCGAUAAAAGAAAUAUAGUUCGGUAAAACACAUACAGAGACAACAAUUUUCAUUCAGGAAGAAAAGCAUUAAAGCUUCAAGCUUCAAGCUUAAGUUUAUGUUUUAAGCCGGCUUCCCGGUGUUUGCUUUUUUCAAAGACGAACUCGAGGCAAGAAAAUCGCUCAAAGCUUUCUUUACAGCCAGAAUUAUAACUAAAUAUUCUUUGGAACGUUUUCUUUCUAUUUGCGGUGAGAAACUGUCUGAAGGCUUUUUAAAGUUCUGUGAGCUUAUAUCAAACCUGAUACUCGGUCAGAUCACUGUCUCAAAUCUUACAAACGUGCAUAAACUAAAUACCCGCAUAAACUACGCUCGACUUCAUUAAAUUAGAUACAAAAAACAAACAUCAAAUACAAUAAAUACUCUGGCUUACCAUUCGAGAUGCAGCUCCUGAAAGGUAUCAAGUAAGGCCUGUAUCGCUUCAGACUUUGCAACCCUCUUACGCAUCAAAGCAAGGUGAAAACGAAAACGACGCCAUCUGAAAUUGGAUUUCCGACUUUGACAAGCGACGUAUUUCUCAACCAAAAACCCAAUAAACAAACUACCAUGAAUAACAGAAGACUCCUGAUAGCAGCUGAAUUUCAUUUUGUACAUCCAGUGGAAAAAGACAGUUAAAACAUCAAAAGUUGACACAAAACUCUGUCAGCUUCAGAUGUCAAAGUAAACAAGAUUCAAGAUGCUGCAUCACCUGUUAAAUUUUGACCAAUCAGAGCAUAAAAAUUGGACGUAGAGCGUCAAAAGUCAAAAGCAACUGUCUUCCCUGCCUCUAAACAGCUGGCUGAAUUUUCGCGUCCGAGGUCAGUUUACAAUCAAAAUUUUAAUUGUGCGGCACAUAAACACAACACUUGAGCCUGCGAUCACUUGAAAACUAGUAACUUGUCAGCGCAUAACUUCAAAAAAUACUUGACCUCGAUGGGUCAACACUUGAGCCCGCGAUAUGGUCAAGUGAUAAUAGUCAGCGGGUACCCUGUUUUGACAGCUGUCAAUUGAUCAAAAUAUUGAUGUCCAAUAUGUGUGCAUUGUCAGUUUUCCUGUGCUCCCAAACUAGCUAAAAGAAUGAGAUUGAAUAUUGUUCGCGAUGUAGUAAAACAAUUAACUGGUCAGCGGACAGCUUCCAAAUAAAUCACGUCACUUCGAGGAGUUGACACAUGAGCUGAAAUGUCAGCCAUUUUUCAAGGUCACAACCAAAACAACUCAACCUCGUCCCCAGGUCUUCUCGGUUAACGGUGUAUUAAUCUGUAGAAGGCUGCAUUUUUGUUGUCAUUUCCUCGUUAAACACAAAAUUCUUCCAAAUUUGGUCAUCAGUAACCGGUUAUGGUGAAUUAUGCGUGUGCUUUUAACCUAAAUUGGGGAAAUAUUUUGAAUGAAUAAUAAUACUGAAUUAACAACGCUGGGAAUUCACUGAUGGAAACUUAUCGCCAGAUAAGAUUUCCAUGGCUUACUGUGGACAUGACUUAAAUUAUUUCACUUUUUUAGUUCAAGUCCAACCACGCCAUGUGUUAUUAUGAAUAUCAAGCUGUGUAGGUAACAGAAGUUCGAAUGUGAACGUUUUGCCUUACAAAAUACUUGAUCGAACCCCAUUAAAUACAAAAUUAUAUAGGGUCAACAAAACAAAAUUUCUUCCUUUUAACGUAACAGAAAGCCGCUCAACUCAUACAUACCUACAAACGAAAUCAACACUAACGCCCUAACUUGCAAACACUUUCUAAUCCAAAGAAAAACUGCUCAACAAGCAUUUCAAAUAAGGAUGUCUUUUCACAACAUGAUUAAUUGCCUAUAAUUCCUUCUAUCAAAUGACUCUACUCAGCGUGAUGUCGAAAUUGACACUUCCAUAGUACAGCCAUUGGAUGAACGUAAUCUUUUAGGCCUUUUAAUUGACAGGAACUUGUUGUUUAGUAACGAUAUAUCUUCAGCUUUCCAGAAAGUGAAAUUAAGAAUAUACAAGGCCACCAUUUUGCGAUAUCUGAAAUACUGCAGCCUCGUUUGGCACUUUUGUAGAGGCUCAGACCGGAGAAAGCUUGAGAGGGUCAAUGAACGGGCUCUGUGAGCUGCAUUUUGCAAUUGGAGAUCAUCAUAUGAUGAGUUACUUACGCGUGCACGGAUGACUAGUCUUUACAAUAGGCGCCUGCAGGAUAUCGCAAUCCUCAGCGUAUCAUUGUCAAGUCAUAACUUACGAAAUUCAGACUUCUUUAUUCCCAGGUUCGAUACCGUAAACUAUGGCAGACACAAGGACAGGAACCUAGCCACAUUAUCGGCUUUCAAAACAAGUAUUGGCAAGAAAGUCUUUUCAAGUUUCAUAGCUGAGAAAAAAUGUUGAAAUUCUAACUUGUGUAGUACUUGAGGCCAUAUUUGAUAAUUUACUUUUAGAUUAAUUAGAAAGUACACUAUUUUAUUGUUAUUAUUAUCUACUUAUUUAUUCACGUUUAUAAAAAUAUGUUAACGUUAUUAAUGUAAUUUUAUAGUGAAUAUUUCUUGUUAAUAUUAUCAAAUGUAAUCUUAAGCUUAUUAAACAGAUUUUAUUAACUAGGUGUCCCCGAUUGGCAGGCUACUUGUGACCACCUAGAAAAUUUUGACACGUUAAUAAAGUUGUUCAUUCAUUCAUUCCUUCAACACUGCUAAUGUUUCAGCGAGUGCGUCGACCAGUGUCUUGACCUCCGCAUCAUCCGAUGUGUUCACCAAUGCCUUGGCCUCCACAUCACCUAAUGCGUCGGCGAGUAUCUCGACUUCAACGUCUGCUAACUUGUCAACCACAGCUGCAACCAGUGCAUCAACCUCCACAUCGCCCAGUGUGUCGGCAGAUGCCUCGGCCUUCAUCUCUGCUAGCGUGUCAAUCAAUGUGUCGACCACUGUCUCGGCUUCCACUUCUUCUCAAGUGUGUCACCUAGUAUGUAGAUCAGCGUCCGCC